AUGUCUCUCUGGGUCGACAAGUACCGACCUCGCUCCCUCGAUGAGCUGCAUUAUCACCCUGAACUUUCCUCUAGAUUACGUUCAUUGGCUGCUUCAGGCGAUUUCCCCCAUAUCCUCUUCUACGGUCCAUCAGGAGCGGGUAAAAAGACAAGGAUCAUGUGUACACUACGAGAAUUGUAUGGUCCAGGUGUAGAGAAGUUAAGAAUCGAUCAAAGAGUUUUCGUCACUCCUUCCAACAGGAAGUUAGAUGUGAACGUUGUGCAGUCGAACUACCAUAUCGAAUUGACACCUUCGGAUGUGGGAAUGUACGAUCGAGUGGUCAUCCAAGAUAUCCUCAAGGAGAUCGCUCAGACUCAACAGGUAGAUUUAAAUGCGAAACAGCGAUUCAAGGUCGUCAUUAUAAACGAAGCUGAUGCAUUGACCCGAGAUGCUCAAGCGGCACUUAGAAGGACGAUGGAGAAGUACAUGAACAAUAUGCGAUUGAUACUUUGUGCCAACAGUACGAGUAAGAUCAUCGCACCGAUUAGAAGUAGAUGCCUGUUGGUUAGAGUAGCUGCGCCAAGCGAUGAUGAGAUGACCAAAGUCCUCCAACACGUAGCUAAAAAAGAACGUUUCUCCCUUCCUUCACCAGUCACCAAAUCGAUCCUUUCAACCUCCCAGGGUAACCUCAGGAAAGCACUACUAGUGUUUGAAGCCAUGAAAAUGCAGAAACCCGAUUUGACAGGUGAUAUAGAAGUUGCUAAACCCGAUUGGGAAACUUAUUGUUCAAAGAUCGCCGAUUCAAUCAUUCAAGAACAAAGUGCUCAGAGGCUGUUAGAUGUGAGAGGGAAAAUAUAUGAAUUGUUGAGUCAUUGUAUACCGCCGACGGUAGUUUUGAAAACAAUAUCAGAAAGAAUAGUGGAUAAAGUUGAUGACGCUCUGAAACCGCAAAUAGUCCAUUGGGCAGCUUACUAUGAAUUGAGAAUGAGGAUGGGCUCAAAGAAGAUCUUCCAUCUCGAAGCGUUCAUCGCCAAGGUUAUGACUGUAUAUAAGCAAUUCAAUAUGAUUGGCUAUACCGAAGAUUACGAAUAG